AUGUCCAUCACCCCCCGCACCAACUGUUCCCGCGACGCCCUCCCUCAAUUCUGGGAGGGUCAGCCCAAAGACCUUAGCUACUGGGCCAUCCCCAACUGGAACGAAUCUCUGGUGGGGAUGACGGAAUGCUGCAGCCCGAACGAGGUCCACGUUAGCGGCGAAGGGGACUUUGAGGGGUGCGUCCUCUGGUGCUUGAUUCCGGAUUCUAUCCUCAAAGACAAAGAUGGAAAAGUGCACGACAACAAGGAAGCGGUUAUUGCCGAUAUGAGACACUGCGUUGAUCUUAAGGGUAACUUGUCGACGGGCUACAUCAGUGGGGGGAAGGUGAGGGAUAACGCGGCAAUGGGUUUAAAAAUGGGUAGGACGACGUUGCUCGGGGUGGGAGUUUGGGCGUUGUUGACUGUUGGUAUGGUCAUGGCUUGA